AUGAGUGUACGACAACCCGUCAGUUGCGAGCCUUGCCGGCGACGUAAAAUCAAAUGCUCGAGGACCCGUCCUCCAUGCGAUACAUGUCGGCGACGGGGAUGCGCAGACCUUUGCGUCUACAAAGGCUACAAAGCCACUCGAGACGAAGGCUACGCAACUGCUCUUGCAGUGUCAAAUCAGGAAUUGCUGGACCGAAUUAGCAAUCUGGAAUCUUUAUUGCGGGAACACACUGGAGCUCAGAUUCCUGCUGCUGCUGGCGAAAUGACCAGCUCAAUGAUCUCUCCGCCAGUUGAACCGAUUCAGCCAUCUCAGCUACGUCCUGAAGCUUUCACUCCAGAGACUUGCUCCCCCCUAUCCUACCAACCCGAGCGUCUGGCCUCUCGUGGCAUAGGGGUUUUGACUUCGUCUCCGAACGGAGACGUUCGCUACGAACCACGAUCAUCUCAGUGGAGUUCUGUACUUGCGAACACUGGUCUGUCAAUUGAAACUGCAUCCUUGGAUGCCCAGAAUGAUUCCGAAACCACGUUGGGCUUUCCUUUUGCCACUUCUGGAACCUCGACUUUUGAUGAGUUGCUUGCUCUGCUACCUCCCAUGCGGCAAUGCGACUAUCUCGUAAAUACGUACUUUACUGUUUUUUCUCCACUUUUUCACAUCCUUCACGAUCCAACAUUCUAUGAACAAUAUAAACAGUUCGUAGGCGAUCCCACGUCUGUACCCGUGUCGUGGCUAGCAAUUCUCUUCGUUUUGCUAUCUCUGGCAGUCACUGCUUUAGAAGAAAGCGACCCAGUUCUUCGAGAUUUGGCACGGGGUCAAAAUGCGUGCAACAAUAUCCGAGUACUAAGUAGACGUUAUCGUGAGGCGGCGAUGAAGUGUCUUGCACGGCAGGGAGUGUUAUGGGGAAAGCACAAUGUUCAAUCAUUACAAGCUAUGAUUAUUCUGGUUUAUGCCCUGAGUCAUUGUCAAGAGCCCACCUGGAUCCUUCUUGGAAUGACUUAUCAUGUUGCUGUUGCACUGGCAUGCCACAUAGACCCAGAGAAUUUUGAAUUGGAUCCUAUUCAGUCAGAAGAGCGGCGUCGUUGCUGGGCUGGUUUGAUGAUGCUCUACACCAUUCAGAAUACUUUCCUCGGGAAUUCCGACCCCUCAUGGCGUAUAAAUCAUAACGUGAAACUCCCAGCCGACGUCAACGAUCUUGAUAUCACUUUGUCCGGCAUAAAAGAGAAUACCUACGGCCCGACACAGAUGACUUAUCUCCUUUUCAAGUUCCAGCUAUACGACCUUAACGCCAAGAUUUGUGGAGAGAUCUUCAACUCUGAUGAGCUUAGCCGGCAGACCAUCCAGGAGCUGGACAACCAGAUCUGUCAUGCGCAGGAAACAUGGGACAAACGCUAUCUCGCCGACUCUACCUUCGAUGCCUUACCCGCUCACCACGCCGUUCAUCUCCAUAUUCUGCACGGCUACUCUCAUCAGCUAUUCCUACUCCUCCACCGACCUUUCUUCGCGCAAUCAAUCCUUGGCCUGGAUAUCCCCAACGAGUCCCAAAUCCGCUGCAUUGCAUCCGCCGAAGCACUCCUCGACAUCCACCGUAUCCUAUCCGAAAGCCCAAAUUUCAGACCCUACCUGUGGUACACGAACGGUCUCGGUAGCUUCCACGCUUUCCACGCAGCGGCAGUUCUGGCCGUGGCGCUGCUCAUGCCGAUCUACAAACCGCAAUACCAAAGAUUCAAAAGGAUCCUCGAUGAGACAUUGACGAGAUUCGAGGCCUCGUCUGGAAGAAGCAAGAUCUGCGAGAAAGCGGUGAAGAUCUUCAAGUUCUUACUUGCGAUGCCAUCUCCAAACCAGACAUCGAGUCUCAAUCUGACUCCUGGAAGCGCAGGCAGUACUCAGAGUGAUGACGGGUUGUCAUAUGAUCAGAUGAAACUAUUCGCCGAUCGACUACAGCCCGAACACUGGCUCGCUCCUUCAAAUAUAGCUUGGACUGAGUGGGAGAAUCUGAUGACUGCCAACACGAUAUAGAUGAGUGAGUCUUAGACCUAAGCAAAAAUUGUCUACGGGCCUUUAAAUAAUAAAAGCCAGAAGGAACACAGAGAGAACAAUCCCGUCUGAUAUCUCCAUACAUACAUAAGAGCACUUCCAACAUCCCACUCCUUACUCUCUGACCCAGCAGAAAUAAGUACCUAGGUAGACCGCGUAUCUAGAAUCCCUACAUAAGCCCGACAUUUCCACAUUCCCGCAGUCAUUCAUAGCAC